CGACGUGAGCCAGCGCAUAUGCCAACGAUAAUCCUGCGACAUUGCGCGACAUGCAUCCUUGCUUAGCCAUCCCGGAAAUUUUGUCCAUCAUAUGCGACUACCUGCGCGACGAGCGGGAUGAACAAUGGCGUCGCACCUGGCUCUUGAGCCUGUCUGCUACUUGUCGCACUUUCAAUGGCCCUGCAACGGCUGCUCUUUGGAGCAACCUGCUCAGUAUCAAGCCGCUGCUUCGGGCUCUCCCGCGUGACAUUUUCACGGACCGAGACGAAUUUACUUUGUCUAAGCACAUCGGACCCUCCGAUCUUGUGAAGCUCAACUUCUAUGCUCGGCUCGUGCAGGAACUGCACGUCUCGUGGCUGCCGGAUACGACCUGUCUUGCGGCCUUGCAGCUGAGCUGCACAGCCUCUUUCCUUCCGAACCUGCGAUCCUUGCAUUGGUACUGCGUAGGCGCCCCUGCGCUCUCCUUCAUCUUGAUGCUCGUCCAUCCGGGGGUCACAACCCUUGAAAUCGACAUGGCCCUCUCAAGUAGCCAUCCUCUUGUCUCCUCUCUUCUGCCGCGACUUCAGUCCCUAUGCCCCGACAUCCGCCAAUUCCGGCUACUCGACGACGACUGGGCCCCGCGCUUCAGAACACUUGGGUACGCGACGCACGUGGCGCCCCGCUGGGAAAGACUGCAAAUCCUUGACGUGCCGUAUCUAGACGGAUCAGAUCUAGAGCAUCUCGCCGCCAUCUCGCAGCUGCACAAACUAUGCAUUCGCAGUCUUCCCGACGAUUUUCACAGGUCUCGGAUUUCGAUAGAUCAACCUGCAUUCGCAUCUCUCCGCACGCUCGAACUUCGGCCUCAGGCUAUGCACCUAGCCACGAGCUUUCUGCAAGCCAUUCAACCCAUGAUGCGGCUAAAGAGUCUCAAAAUAUCCCCCAAGGAGACUAAGCGGGUUGACCAUUGGGAUUCCCUCCUCACAUCGAUAUCUCGGUCCUGCGACCCAAACACGCUCCGAUCGCUCUCCGUUUGCGACUCCGCCAGAUACGACGAGGAUGAUGACGACCUUGAGUCCACUGCCCUAUCAAUCAACGUCGUCCAGAAGCUUUUCGUAUUCCGGCAUCUCACCGCUCUCGAGCUGGACUCAUGGGGCGGGCUCAGUAUCGAUGACGAGGAGUUUCCUGCCCUCGCACAAGCGUUCCCCGACAUCGAGGAUCUUCGGCUGCUAUCAGGGCAGGAGGACGCAAACCGGCACGACGCGACGAUAUACGCAGUCGCCUCCAUCGCUCAGUUCUGUCCUCGCCUGCGUGUCCUGCACAUGGAUUUCGACGCAGAUGCCUACAUAUACGAGGAGCACGAGACGCGCGGUAUUGCCCAGCGAUCCCUCACGCAUAUGAACGUCUGCUACUCGCCGAUAUCCAGCACUCGAAUUACCGCAGCAUUCCUCUCCGCGCUAUUCCCGAACCUCGACACAAUCGAGAGCGAAGGCAUAGAGGCCGUCGUCCGCCGCACCCAAGAUGAAGAAUGGACGGCGCAGAGUCGGCGCGCCAAGAAGAUGAAGUGGCGGCAGGUGGCGCGCUUGCUUCCCAUGCUUCGAUUUGUGCGCGCCCAAGAACGGCGUGAUAGUUGCCUUCGGAGGUUAGAGGGCGAAGCAGAAGAGGUUGAAAGGGACUCGAAUCAGCACAAUCAGUCGCUGGAUGCGGACGGCUAUGACACGGAUUACUCAGAUCUUUGAGGCGGCGGCGGUCGAUAUCCUCCUUCCAGUACGACAUUGGUCAUUCUUUUCUUGUGAAUCUGACAGCCAAGCCCCGUUGAAUACCAGUAGCCGACGCUGACGAGCGAGACCUUCUGGUUUCACUUCUUUACUGGCAAUUGUCCUUGUACUAAGAUGGAUAUUCCAAUCACGCGGUUCGGAACUGCAUACGC